CCCGCGACCUGGCGGCGCCGCACGCGCACCUGCCGGGGCCGCGAUGCUGUAGGACCGCGCGCCCCGCGCCCCGCGCCCCGAGCCGCCGCCAGGAUGCCGCGCUCAUUCCUGGUCAAGAAGCAUUUCAACGCCUCCAAGAAGCCCAACUACAGCGAGCUAGACACACACACAGUGAUUAUCUCCCCGUAUCUCUACGAGGGCUACCCCGUGCCUGUCAUCCCCCAGCCGGAGAUCCUCAGCUCGGGAGCCUACAGCCCCAUCACCGUGUGGACCACAGCAGCUCCCUUCCACGCCCCGCUGCCCACCGGCCUCUCUCCUCUGUCGGGAUACCCCGCAUCCUUGGGGCGAGUGAGUCCCCCUCCGCCAUCUGACACCUCUUCCAAGGACCACAGCGGCUCCGAAAGCCCCAUUAGCGAUGAAGAGGAAAGACUACAAUCCAAGCUUUCAGACCCCCAUGCCAUCGAAGCUGAAAAGUUUCAGUGCAAUUUAUGCAGUAAAACCUAUUCGACCUUCUCUGGGCUGGGCAAACACAAGCAGCUGCACUGUGCCGCCCAGUCAAGGAAGUCUUUCAGCUGCAAAUACUGUGACAAGGAGUAUGUGAGCCUGGGCGCCCUCAAGAUGCACAUCCGGACCCACACGUUACCUUGUGUCUGCAAGAUCUGCGGCAAGGCGUUCUCCAGACCCUGGUUACUUCAAGGGCACAUUAGAACUCACACUGGGGAGAAGCCUUUCUCCUGCUCUCACUGCAGCAGGGCCUUUGCAGACAGGUCAAAUCUGAGGGCUCAUCUGCAGACACACUCGGACGUCAAGAAAUACCAGUGCAAGAACUGCUCCAAAACCUUCUCCCGAAUGUCUCUUCUGCACAAACACGAGGAAUCUGGCUGCUGUGUAGCACACUGAGUGACACAACCCAUGUUUACUCAAGCAGAAGGCAUUUCUUCACUCCGCCUCCGAAUGACAAGUAAAAGUCCAAAGGCAUUUUCUCUUGUGCUUACCGACCAAAGAAUAUGUAUACACACACACACACACACACACACACACACACACACACAGAGCUUCAAGAGCACGGGCAUCCAUGUGUGUCAAGUUAAUCCUUUCCAUGUGAAGUUUAAAAUUACUAUAUAUUUACUGACAGCUAGAUGGAGAGGAUAAAAGACAAAAAUCUUUCUCUUCAGAGAUGAAGCAAAAAGCACAUUGUGCAUCUUUUCUUACUAAGAAAGAAUGCAAAGAUUUACAUCGCUGCCAAAUCAUUUCACUGAAAAGAACAGUGUUGCCUUGUAACGGAAUUUGUCAUAGAAUUUCCUAUAGGAAGAGAAUCUGCCAGACCCUAUCUCAGGUGCCUUAUAAAGUAUUCCAAGUUUACUUUAUUACAUGUCUGAUGUCAGGUCACCAUCCUUGAGCUAAAGCCUGUUUUGAUUACUGGUCAUACUUUAAA